AAUAAAAAAAAAAAAGAGGAUUUUUUUUUUUUUUUUUUUUACUAUAAUAAAUUAACAAAACUAAACUAAACAACAGUUAGAUAUAAUUAUUUGACUUGAAAACAUUUCAUAUAAAUAAAUAAUAAAAAAGUAAUAACAAAGCAAUAACCAAAGCCAGUAAAGAGAAUUUUUUAUAAAAUAUUUAAAAACGCAGUACAGCUUAGUUACCGGAUUGCGCGUUGUUUGCUUUUGUUUAACAUAAAAAUCGAAAAAAAAAAAAUUCCAAACAUCAUGAAGAAGAGUAAUACCGCGAACACUAUGCUCUCCUCCUUGCCCACUAGCCCUACUAUGUCAACGCAAAGUUUAGGCGGAAGCAAGAUCAGCUUGAACAGCAGUACCAAGUCAAGUCGUUCAUCUCUGCCCCAUGCCUCUAUCAAAUCAAACAAGAUUGAUCAUGAAAUUGAGACCAUCUUGGAAAAGGCAAAAUUCUAUACCUCGGUAUGCUUAGGUACUACAGCGAUUUUAUCGGUUUUCACUUUUCUAUUUCUCAUACCGUUUGUUGUGGACCCAGCUAUAUCGACAAUUAUAGCGGAUUAUGAUCCUGUACCCGUUACCUGUAUCGUUAUCGAUCACGUUUAUGCUGAAGGCAUUAAAAAUUGCACAUGGAGUUCAUGCCGUGAAGGUUGUACCUCAUCGCCCAAUAAAUGCCAUCAAUUAUAUGUUAAUUACACCCGUAUACCGUUUACGGAUUGGGAGAAAAAUCCUCGUGAUUUAGCUACGGUCGUUUGGGAUGUUAGUUACACAAAAUUUCUAAUAAAUUCUGAAGGUUGCGGUUAUCCGCCCACAACAAAUUGCAGCGUUUUUGCCAGACAGUAUGGAUAUUCACACAUUGGUGAACCGUUCCCCUGCUUUUAUAGUCGUGCCUAUCCCGAAGUAGUUAUCGGUCGUUAUUCCUGGGAAAAUAAUUUAUAUCAUUUGAUAUUAUCGCUAAUAAUCCCUACGGUAUUAUUUGCUAUAUCAAUUGGUGUGUUAAGCUACUGGUAUUGUCCGUGUUGUGAUAAUGCUUGCAGUAGAUCAUCGAGAGUUUACGCUGAAAAAUUUCCCACAAAGGAAGAGUUUACAAAUUGCAUGAAAUGUAAUCCGGAUAAAUCGAUUUCUUUGAAUAGUUAUUAAUAUACAACGAGACCUAUUAAACUCCUCCAAAGUCCUUAAGAAUGCAAAUCAAAUUAAAAACGAAAAAAGAAGCAAAAAAAAAAAAAAAAACGAUCUUCUACGACAAAUGCCUGAAAACUAUUUCAAGUGAUCAAAUUUAUAUAUAUAU